AUGCUGCUGACCACGCCAAAAAAUCUGCAAUCUGCGAAACUCACCGAAGGCUUAGGUGGGAUUAUCGAGGGAGCUUCAGACAUUAGGCCUACCGGAAUGAGAUCACCAAUAUUUCCAGCGUCAAGUCAAGAAAAAAUACUCUCUCCGAGCCCAAAGACUGAGGGAACAAUCAUAAGAAGUCCAGAAACAGUCUCGGUAUCCUCAGCUGAUCAGGCAUCCAGAGCUGCUUUAGGCGAAAAAAUGGGCCAAACUUCUCCAGAGGUAACUUCACAAAGCGCAUACCGUCAAAUUUUGGACAAUAUUGGGAAAUCACAGGUGCAGGCUGAGGCCUACAGUAAGGGCCGGAUCCGGGACAAUUUGAAUCGAUGGAUAAAACCCAAAGCCGCAUUACAUAUUGAUCCAGCUGAUGAAGCAGUACUCCAGACGUUUCUCCGGAGGAUUAACAAAAAUCCAUACAAUCUAAAUAACAAAGAUACCAUGGCUUUGAAUGAAUAUUACCGAGCCUUCUCAGCAUCAAAUAGGAAAUCUACCGCAUUGGUUCAAUUAAACCCUGAGGCGUACAGCUUCCUUUCAAAGUGGGGCGAAAAGUUCGAGAAAGGUGCCCCGUCUAGCACUCAAUCCACAGUCCAUAAUUUUUUCAGAGGAAUAUUGUCCGAAAAAGAGUUCUUAAGAAGACAGAGUGUUCUUGAAUCACAAAUGAAUCAGGUUCGAAUUGUUGCGGAGUGGGAAAAACAAGCACAAUCUAUCAGCAAGGCUUUAGGACACUCAAUUGAAGAAGUUCACCAAUUUGGAAAUACCAUUGGAGGAAAAGAUUUUUUCACUUCAUUUUCCGGGCACAAUUUCAAGAAGACCUUGGAAGAAUUCAAAGCCUUGAAGAGAGAAAAGCCUCAACUAGCAAAGGCCUGGGAAACAUUUUUGGGAACUGAGGAGUAUAAUGCACGGCUCGAGUUACUGAAAACUCUUUCAUGGAUGAAGGAACCUACCACAAUCCCUUCGGAAACCAUUUCUGCAUGGAGGGCUCAAGGACUUGAUGUAAAGAGAAUGCUGAAGAUUGUUAACUACAACCCAAGGAUUAGCCAACUACAUGGUCCAAAGUUAGAAAUAGAAUUCAAAAGUCCCAAAGACUAUGAAUCUGCCAAGGAAACUUUUCUUUCCAAAAACAAGUAUGGGAUACCUUGUAUCAAAGAAUAUUAA